AUGAUGACCAACCCCAGGUUAUUGCCUGUCUCAAGUAAAGGAAAGGCGAAAUGGGAGACAAUAACCGAAAGUAUCACGAUCACGGUCAUAGCUAGAUCGUCUUCAAAUGUCGAAAUACAUCUAAUACACCGAGGAAGAUUCAUCAUGAAGCAAUCUUUCCAACACCUGUCACGCACCGAUGCGUCGAUACGUAAGAUCAUUCACAGCGAUACAAGUAUGAUCUUCAGGUAUGAGCCGACACAAACCCCAGUGAUCUCAGGAAUGAAGAUGAAAGAAAGCUACCAAUUCAAAUUUGACAGCAAUGAAGAUUGUCAAUCGUUCAUUCAAAUGAUGACAGGUUUUUUCGAAAUAUCCGAAGCCAAACAGCAAAGCACCAUCAAGGGUAAUCACGUAGAACCAUCACAAGCUAUCCCUUUUUCACCUUCAAAGGUAUCUAAAAGCGGUAAUACACCAUUCACAUCCCCUACCAAAGCCUCACCCGCCAAUUCUUCUCCUGAAUCAAAACGUUCACCUGGUUCGCAAGAACGGACGAAAUCGCGCUCGAAAUCUAAAGAAGAAUCGAAGAGUGGAGACACACCAGCCAGCACCCAUAGCGCCUCUAUAAACGUAUCGCAGAAAGUAGAGAUAACAGCAGAGGAUACGCCUUCUCCGCCGGUUGACGAGGCAACCGAACGCUUAAAGAGGGCACUGUUGGGGGACUACAAACUCCCACCGACACCAUCGGACAGCCAGUCCGUCCAGCAAGAACAUCCAUCAACCUCACAAGCAAAAGGAAAGUCCACUCAAGCAGAUACACCGCUCUCGGUAUCUGUGGACGAAAAGAUCACAACAGAUCAAUCAGCCGGUUUUCCUCUGAAUCAGUCAGAGUCUCAGGUCACACCACGACCCAAGUCAAGACGCACUUGUGGACCGUCUUCAAGUUCACAAAAAGAUGGUAUUCAUGCAUCGGUCAACGAUUGUCCAGGUACUCCGACCAAGAGCCAACCAUUAACCGAUUUCUCCUCUCAGUCCGUCGAUCAUCCUACUCAUUAUUAUCAAGUAUCUUCGCCAAAUAAAGCCAAGGAUGUCUCAACGUCAGAAUUCAUGUCAGUCGACGGAGAAGAUCACCUCUCAAAUAUCCCAAAUAUCCCGAUAGACGAUUAUCCUGUUCUGAUGACUCACCAAGAGCUAGAGGCUGAGAGAAAACGGAAGGGGAAAAGGAAGAGGCAAGAAGUAGAGGAAGACCUAACGGCUGACGUUUUAGACGAAGAGCAGGAUCCGGUUAAGCAUUCACAAAACGGCGCUCAAACCAGAUCCUUCUUGAACGAUGCCAAAACAUCUCCUCAACUACCAUACGGAAGGGGUAUCUACGAUUUGGCUACUCACGAUCUGGAGAAUUUGGUGGACCAAGCUAUGAUGGAGUCGGGAUUUGAAAAGCUGGUUGAGACGAUAGGACAUUUGAUCCAGAAACGUUUAGAUGGCUACACCGCUCAUCAUCGUCCAACGCAUCUCCACACCCAUUUUCAAGAGACGCACUUAUCGAACGAUCUUCAAUGUUGGAUCGGCGACCGAACCUAUCAACCAUAUUCCUUUCCUUCUCAAUCAGCUUUUGACGGUCAAACCAACGACCGGGACUUCUUCGAGCCGGCUCCACAGAGCUGCAAUUCCAGUCUAAAUCCAUUCCACAAUUCCCAUUCUGAAUAUCGAUCUUAUCACUCGGGUAGUAACUCUUCUGACUCGCUUUAUUACUCUUUAUCUCAAGACCUCACUCAAAAAGAAUCUCAUCACACCUAUAAACCAAACAGUGUCGCUGCUAACAGCAACCACAUCUGGCAAUCCACUGUCACUCCGGGAUACUCACCAAGUCUUCAAGCUCAUUCACAGCAUAAUCACUCACAAAAUACUCAUAUCUAUCCGGAACAACGUCGAACUCAGGAUGGGAAUAUAAAUCAGCUUUUACAACAUAGCCAUAUCUAUUCUUCACCAGCUGUGCGGAAUUUCAAUCAUCCACAAUACACUCAGCCUGGGCGAUCGUAUCCUGAGUACGAUUAUGAUAAUGAUCAAUCUGAAGUAUACCCACCGUCACCCAGUAAACAAAGUCUUUCGUUCAUCCUCAAUAGCAACAACACUGAUUUGCAACAUUUCUUGGAUCAUACUGAAAGUGCCAGUCACUAUCACAGAGAGAACCAGACCAUGGAUGCCUCUACUAUUGAAACGACUUACGAAGACAAGAAGACGAAACUUGACGAAGAAGAUGAAGAGUUGGCUAACAUUAGUAGAGAGUUCGAUAAUGGUUCAUCGUCCGGUUCAAGCAAUGAUGUUGGCGAGGACGAGGAAGAGAAGGAGUACGAUUACGAUGCAAUGGUGGAUGAGGAUCUGGAGUUGGAAAAGGAGAUUGAGAAUGAAGUGUGA